UCUCCUCCAGAAUCGUGUGCCGAUCGAUACACCUUCAUAUAUAUCGCUCGCAUCGCUUAAUUUGCAACACAAAACGGGAGAAGAGAUGAUGGGUCGGUGCGCGUCGCCGCUUUGCGCUCUCGCCGCCGCGCUGAUCGCCGCCGUUGUGGCGGCCACAUCGUCGUCGUUGGCGGAGGCGACGGCGACGCCGCCGCUGCCGGUGCUGCCGGUGCCGACGGCGGCGCAGCUGAGGUGGCAGCGGCGGGAGGUGAUCAUGUUCUUCCACUUCGGGAUGAACACGUUCACGGACUCCGAGUGGGGCACGGGGCGGGAGCCGCCGGCGGCGUUCCGCCCGGCGGCGCUGGACGCGUCGCAGUGGAUGGACGCGGCGGCCGCGGCGGGCGCGUCGCUCGUCGUCCUCGUCGCCAAGCACCACGACGGGUUCUGCCUCUGGCCGUCCGCGCACACGGCGCACUCCGUCCGCGCCAGCCCGUGGCGCGGCGGCCGCGGCGACGUCGUGCGGGAGUUCGCCGACGCCGCGCGCGCCCGCGGCCUCGACAUCGGGAUCUACCUCUCGCCGUGGGAUCGCCACGACAAGCGGUACGGCCGCGAGGUCGCCUACAACGAGUACUACCUCGCCCAGCUCCACGAGCUCCUCACUGGGUACGGGAGCGUGUCGGAGAUAUGGUUCGACGGCGCCAAGGGGAAGAACGCGACGAACAUGACGUACCAUUUCCAGGAGUGGUUCCAGACGGUGCGGCAGCUGCAGAGCUCCAUCAACAUCUUCUCCGACGACGGCCCCGACCUCCGGUGGGUCGGCGACGAGAAUGGCUCCGCCGGAUCCACCUGCUGGUCCACCAUCAACCGCUCCAAGAUCACCAUCGGCGAGGCCGGCAUCGAGAAGUACCUGAACACCGGCGACCCGAGGGGGAAGGACUGGGUGCCGCCGGAGUGCGACGUGUCGAUCCGGCCGGGGUGGUUCUGGCACAAGAACGAGACGGCGAAGCCGCUGCCGGAGCUGCUCGAGGUAUACUACAACUCGGUGGGCCGCAACUGCGUGCUGCUGCUGAACGCGCCGCCGAACACCACGGGCCUCGUCGACGCCGCCGACAUCGCCAGGCUGCGCGAGUUCCGCACCGCCGUGACGGCCAUCUUCGGCACCGACCUCGCCGCGGGCAGCGCGGCGAGGGCGAGCAGCGAGCGCGGCGGCAGGUUCGCGGCGGCCAACGUGCUCGACGGCCGCGACGACACGUACUGGGCACCGGCCGCGGCGGAGGCGGAGGACGGCGGCGGGUACUGGAUCGAGCUGCGGCGGCCGGCGUCGGCGGCGGCGAGGAAGUUCAACGUGGUGAGGAUCCAGGAGCACGUGGCGAUGGGGCAGCGGGUGGAGCGGCACGAGGUGUACGUGGACGGCGGCGGCGCGGCGGUGGCGAGCGGCACGACGGUGGGGCACAAGCGGCUGCACAGGCUGGGCGCCCCCGUGGCGGGGCGGACGGUGAGGGUGUGGCUGGCGUCGCGGCGAGGCCCGCCGCUGCUGUCGGCGGUGGGGCUCCACCUCGACCCCUUCGCCGCCGGCGGGGGCACGAUGUGACGUCACAAAAACAGUAGUAAUAUGGAAUAAUUUGGUGAGAUAUAAUAUCAUCAUGAGCAAUAAUUGGUUUGAGAUAGUGGUGUUACGUGGUCGGUCGACGUCGUUGGUCGUACAACAACCUAGCGGCGGCGCGCCUUCAUUGGGCGCCGGUGAUGAAUAGUACUGCCAUACGUAAGACUAGAGCCGUACAAGCCACAUCCGACCACCAAUUGCUACACUCUAAGUAGAGAGAUCACACUACAUGUAACUUACCGAUGAUAUAAAUAUAAUAAAUAGUCCCGCUAUACA